CGCUCAACUCAGAGAUCCAAACUUCACGACUCCACAAUCCGCACCCACCCAAAACUUGAUCAUACGUCAUUGCUCAACGUCCUCAAUUCGAACCGCUAGCUCCUGCUUGCCGCACGGUCUCCUAGCCUGAAGCGUCACCAUUGUCUACUUGUUGUGUCUUUCGCUAAUGCCUCUACGGCUCGGUACCAGUCAUGGACUUCCCUACAAUGAAUGAGCGACAAGAGACUUUCUUCACCGCCCGUAUCCAUCCCACCACGCCUGAGUCUCGCAGAGCUAGCAUAGACACCGUCUCCAGCGCAGCGGAUCGUCGACGCUGGCGAAACCAUGCUCACGUGCUCACGCCUGAGCCCCAGUCCGUUGAGCGAGAUCCCUUCGAUGACUUCGCGGCCAAUCUGCCGCCAAUGGCUCGGCGAAAGAGUUUGAAUGAGAAGACCAAGGAUGGAAGCGGUGAGGAAGGCGUCGAAGCUGAGGAAGAGAUAGACCCAAACAUCGGGCACCAACGACCAAGAGGAGCAUCAGUCCUAGGUGGCGAUGAAAACAUCCCCGACCCUGACUCAGGAGAACCAGAGAAGCAAAGUGAUGUUGAAGGUCCAGAAGACACAGCUUCAGCCACGGGCCGCCGCCACUCCAAACUUCCCUGGCGCUCACGCAUCCGUCACUUCACAUGGACCUGGUUCUGCCUCACCAUGGCCACGGGCGGGAUCGCCAACGUUCUCUACGCGGUCCCCUUCCGCUUCCGCGGCCUCUACACUCUUGGGUGCAUUUUCUUCCUGCUUAACCUCUCUCUCUUCCUCUUCAACGUCUUCAUGAUAUCGUGUCGGUUUUACUUCUACCCGCGCACGUUUAGGGCGAGCUUCUUGCAUCCGACGGAGAGUCUGUUUAUUCCGGCGGCGAUUGUGAGUUUUGGUAUCAUCAUGAUGAAUAUUAGUCAGUACGGGGUCGGGAUGGUGGGCGAGAAGAGGUGGUUGCAGCAUGUUAUGAUUGUGCUGUUUUGGGUGGAUUGUGGACUUGCUGUUGCUUUUUCGUUGGGGAUUUACCUCAUAAUGUGGUCAACAACAACAUUCACUAUCAACCAAAUGACCCCAAUCUGGAUCUUCCCCGCCUACCCCCUCCUCAUCAUCGGCCCACACGCUGGCUCCCUCGCGCCCAAAGUCUCCUCCCCCACCAUCGCACUACAAAUAAUUCUCGGCGGCUACAUUAUCCAAGGCAUUGGCUUCCUGGUCAGCCUGAUGAUCUACGCAGCCUUCAUCUACCGUCUCAUGACACAAAAGCUCCCCAAAGAGUCGCUACGCCCAGGCAUGUUCAUAUCCGUCGGCCCCAGCGGGUUCACUAUCGCAGGCGUAGUGACGAUGGGGCAGGAGCUGCCGAAAGUUGUUCCGAGCGAUUUCAUGGGCGAGGGGAAUGGAGAACUGGCGGGGAGGGUGGGCAUGAUUAUGGCGAAUUUUAUGGGCUUGUGGUUGUGGGGUCUUGCACUGUGGUUUUUCUUCGUUAGUGUUGGAGCACACUGGUCCUGUGCUAGACGGGGCAAGAUGGAUUUCGCGAUGACGUGGUACUCGUUUGUUUUUCCUAAUACGGCGUUGACGACGGCGACGUUUGCGAUUGCGAGGGCGCUAAAUGGGAAUAUGGCGAUUAGAUAUGUGGGGUGCGUAAUGACCGUCGCAUUGAUUACAAUGUGGAUGUUUGUGGUCGUUAUGAAUGUUCGGGCCGUGGUUAUCCAUCAGAUUCUUUGGCCGCAGAAACAGGAGGAUCGCACGGAGGGUGGGUGGAAACAGCAAACUGCGGAUGAGCAGAGGAGGAAGGUUGGUGAUGGAGGGGAGAGUGCGAUGGGGAGGAUUGUGAGAACUGUCAGUCGUAGAGGGUUGGAGGGAGCAAAUGGAGCUGCGAAACUGAUGAGAGCGCAGACGGACGGUGGGCAGAGGAGAAGACAGUGGAGUUUUGUGGGUAAUAGAGAUGGGCGGUGAUGGCGCGUCGCAAUAAUGGGAAGGAAGUUGCGAUGGCGAGCUCACGCUUUUGAACGACUGCCGAAAUUCGUGGCUUCCGUCUGUGAUUAUCCUACGACAUGCACUCCCUAUGCACAAUGCGCUCUUGAACCACUGAGAGCUACAAGCGUAGCGACAAAUGACCUUGGCGUGCGGAGUGCUCUGCAGCUCUCAGCUCCUCUUCACCUCAGCUAUCAUCAA